AUGCCUUUCGACCCAGAUACCCAGAUCCCUCCACUAACAGGCAAAGUCAUCUUUAUCACUGGCGGAACAAACGGCAUAGGCCGCCAUACCGUCCUCGAGCUCGCCAAGCACGCGCCCCACGAAAUCUACUUCACCGGCCGCUCGCAUGCCUCUGCAACCUCACUCAUCCAGGCCGCCGCCGCCCUGGGCGUCAAGACCAAACUCACCUUCCUGCCCUGCGAGAUGGGCUCGCUGGCCUCUCUGCGCCGCGCCGCCGCGCUCUUCACACCCUCGCGGCUCGACCUCUUCAUCGCAUGUGCAGGCAUCCCCGCGUGCCCUGCCGCCUUGACCAGCGACGGCUACGAGGUGCAGAUUGGCAUCAACCUUCUAGGUAACGCUGCUCUUGUGCGUGCGCUUUUGCCUGUUAUGCAGCGGACGGCGUCGCUGGGCCUGGAUGUGCGGUACAUUGCCCUGACGUCCGUGGGCCACGGGGUUCUUCCGCGCGGUGGGAUCCGGUUCGAGACGCUGCGCUCGGCGCACGAGACGACGAUUGGGAUGGGUGCUGGCAGGCGGUAUGCGCAGGCGAAGCUGGCGAGUCUGCUGUAUGCGAGGGAGCUGGGGAGGCGGUAUACUGGGAUUACGGCGGUUGCGGUGCGGCCGGGGGUGGCGAGGGGCGAGCGGGAGGCGGCGUUUAAUGCGCUCUGGGCGGCGACGAGCGCGGAUGUGAGAAGGAUGGUGGAUAGUGGGCAGAUGGCGCUUGUUGAGCCGGUUGGGAGGGCGAGUGUGGGUGUUGAGGCGUGCUGGGAUGAGCAGUUGGCGAAGAAGUUGUGGGAGUGGACGGAUGACGUCUUGGAGGCAGCAUCGGCAGAGGCUGCGGUAGACGAGGCAAUGGUUGCAGGGUUGUGA